AUGGCAGCGGCGGUAGCAGUGGCAACGGCAGCAGGAGGACCGGCCGCUUCAUAGAUUCCCCCCCACCCCCACCCCGCGCACCACCGCCGCCGCUUCCUCUGCUUGGGUGCUCCUCUGGCCUGACUUCCCCUUUCUCCCACCUUUCCCGGCACCGCGGGAAAAACAGCGCAGGGCAGAGCAGGCAGGGAGGGCGGCUGGAGCCCGGACACGGGAGCCUCCCAGUCAGUUCAAGACCCGACAUGAGGGAAAAGGGCCGUAGGAAGAAGGGCAGGACCUGGGCGGAGGCCGCCAAGACGGUCUUAGAAAAAUAUCCCAAUACACCCAUGAGUCAUAAAGAAAUUCUUCAAGUUAUCCAGAGAGAAGGACUCAAAGAAAUCAGAAGUGGCACUUCCCCUCUUGCAUGCCUAAAUGCAAUGCUGCACACAAACUCCCGAGGUGAAGAGGGCAUCUUCUAUAAGGUUCCAGGUAGAAUGGGAGUAUAUACUUUGAAGAAAGAUGUGCCGGAUGGGGUGAAAGAGCUAUCAGAAGGUUCAGAAGAAAGCAGUGAUGGUCAGUCAGAUUCCCAGAGUUCUGAGAACAGCAGCAGCAGCAGUGAUGGUGGCAGCAACAAGGAGGGAAAAAAGAGCAGGUGGAAAAGGAAAGUAUCGUCUAGACUGUCACAGCCGUCUUCUCCCCAGUCAGGGUGCCCAUCACCCACCAUUCCAGCAGGUAAAGUCAUUUCUCCGUCACAGAAGCACAGCAAGAAGGCACUAAAGCAGGCUCUAAAACAGCAACAACAGAAAAAGCAGCAGCAGCAGCAAUGCAGGCCAAGCAUGUCCAUCUCCUCCAACCAGCACCUCUCUCUGAAGACUGUCAAAGCAGCCAGUGACUCCAUACCGGCCAAGCCUGCAAUAUGGGAAGGAAAGCAGUCUGACGGACAGUCAAGCAGCCCUCAGAACUCAAACUCUAGCUUUUCUUCUUCAGUUAAAGUGGAUAAUCCUUUGCUAGGCCUGGGGAAGAAGUCAUUCCCAAGGUCUGACAGGCUCCAUACAAGGCAGAUGAAGAGGACUAAAUGUGCUGAAAUUGAUGUUGAGACACCUGACUCCAUUCUGGUUAAUACAAACCUUCGAGCACUAAUUAACAAACACACCUUUUCCGUCCUCCCUGGAGAUUGCCAACAGCGACUGCUUUUACUGCUGCCAGAGGUGGAUCGACAGGUUGGUCCAGAUGGUCUGAUGAAGUUAAAUGGCUCAGCCCUUAACAAUGAGUUCUUUACCUCAGCAGCCCAAGGCUGGAAGGAAAGACUUUCAGAAGGAGAAUUUACACCUGAGAUGCAGGUGAGGAUUCGACAAGAGCUUGAGAAGGAGAAAAAAGUAGAACCAUGGAAAGAACAAUUCUUCGAAAGCUAUUAUGGUCAAAGUUCUGGCCUGAGCCUUGAAGAUUCAAAGAAAUUGACAGCUUCACCUAGUGAUCCCGAAGUAAAGAACACCUCAGCCGAGCAACCAAAACCUGUGCUUCCUUCCGAGGCCUCUUCUGUCAGUACCGUCCCAGUAAUUCCCCAUUACGAGGCUAAAGAAGUCCUGCAAAUGCCAUCACCAGUCAGGAAAGACGAGCAGGAAGGCCAAGAUAAGGUGCAGCCAGGCUCCCAGUCCAUAGAGCCCCUGCUUUCCUUAGCUACCAGUACAAAUGAGCUUAGCAGCGUGCCUGUCAUCAAGUGCCCGAAGGAUGAGGCUCUCUUGGAGCAAAAGCCAGUUGCCUCUCCUGAACAGGAGUCUGAGAAAGAGAAUCAUCUCACUGCAACUUCACAUUGUAACAGAAACGAAAGCCAAGAAGCUGCAGUUACAUCCCUGAGCAAACCCAGGAGUCCUGGGGUGGAAACAACAGUAAUGAAGCCCACAGUGGAAGCAGGUCCACAGGAGACCACGAUGAAAGAGCCUCCAUCAACUCUGGCUGAUCACAGCCCAGAAAGCCUCAAGAGGAAGUCUUCUCUCACCCAUGAAGAGGCCCCUACGAGCUGGGAAAAAAGGCCACGUGUCAUUGAGAAUCGCCAGCACCAGCAGCCAUUUCAAGUCUCCCCACAGCCCUUUCUCUGUAGAGGGGACAGGAUCCCGGUGCGGAAAGUACCACCUCUCAAGAUCCCGGUCUCCAGAAUCUCCCCAAUGCCGUUUCCUACAUCGCAGGUCUCUCCCAGGGCUCGUUUUCCAGUCUCCAUCACUAGUCCUAACAGAACAGGAGCCAGAACUCUUGCAGACAUCAAAGCAAAAGCCCAGCUGGUCAAAGCACAGAGGGCAGCAGCUGCUGCUGCAGCCGCAGCUGCUGCAGCCGCCUCAGUUGGAGGGACCAUUCCAGGACCUGGCCCAGGGGGUGGACAGGGCCCAGGAGAGGGGGGUGAGAGGAAAGCUGCUAGAGGAGAGAGGCCAGACUCAAACAGAGUCAGUGAAACUGGAAAGGGCCCCACACUGGAACUGGCAGGAACUGGAAGCAGGGGAGAUACGAGAGAGCUUUUAUCCUGUGGUCCAGAGACUCAGCCCCAAUCUGAGAGCAAGACCCCAGGCCAGGCACAGUCUCAUAGUGUCUCUGGAGCACAACUACAGCAAACCCCCCCAGUGGCUCCAACAUCUGCCAUCAGUGGACCCUGCGCAAGAGUCUCACCACCAGCCCACACUCACGCACCCCCACCAGCUUUAGGGAAGUUGAGUAAUGAAAAACUGAAUUCCACCAGGGCAACGGCCACAGUGGCCUCUCCUAGCCACCCACCAGGGCCCAGUAAUUGUAGGCAGGAGAAAGCACCUCCUCCAGCAAAUCCUGCUCCGGUCUCAGGUGCCUCACCUGUUCAUUUUAUAGCCGAUGGCAUAGUUGAGCCCAAAGCAGGUUCUAGUAAGAAUACAUCAAACCCUUCAGCCUCAGCAGAGAGAAAUGCUAGUGCUUCAGUGGAUAUAACUCCCUUCCCUUUAACAUCUCUAUUGACAACAGCCACUUUAGAAAAGCUUCCUGUACCCCAGGUCACUGUAACGAGAGCACCUACUGGAUCAGCUCCAUCCUCUUUGAGCACAUUGCCAGCAGCUCCUAGCCUUAAAACUCCAGGAACUUCAAAUAUGAAUGGACCCAUUGCAAGGCCAAGCUCUAGUAUCCCUGCGAAUAAUCCUUUGGUAACUCAGCUGUUGCAGGGCAAAGAUGUUCCCAUGGAGCAGAUUCUGCCUAAACCUCUCACCAAAGUUGAAAUGAAAACUGUUCCACUAACUACAAAAGACGAGAAGGGGAUGGGAGCACCCACAGGUACCAACAUAACAGAGAAUAGCACCAGAGAGGAAGUUAAUGAGAGGCAGUCCCAUCCAGCCAUGCAGCAGCUGGGCAAAACUUUGCAAAGUAAGCCGCUCCCCCAGGUUCCAAGACCCCCUCAGCUCUUUUCAGGUAAGGAUCUAAGGGACUCCGGCAUUGACACACACCAGUACCAGGAAGGACUUAGUAAAGCAACUCAAGAUCAGAUCCUUCAGACUCUCAUCCAGAGGGUUCGGAGGCAGAAUGUUUUCUCAUUUGCGCAACCCUCCCAGUUCAACUUUACCCACUCAGGUUUCCAGUUAGAGGACAUCUCCACAAGCCAGAGGUUCAUGCUGGGUUUUGCUGGCAGAAGGACAUCCAAGCCUGCAAUGGCAGGUCACUACUUACUUAACAUUUCCACCUACGGCCGGGGUUCGGAGAGCUUUAGGAGGACCCAUUCUGUAAACGCUGAAGACCGGUUUUGUCUAAGCAGCCCCACGGAGACCUUGAAAACGGGAUGUACAGAUUGUAAGGAUGCAGCAGGAGACAGCAGCAGCAGCAGCAGCAAAGAUACUGACGAGGAAAGUACUGGUGAUGAGCAAGACUCGGUCAUGGUGAAGGAGGAGCCGCAGGCUUCCGAGGGCUCUGCCAAGUGUGAAGCCAGUUCAGGACCCCACAGUAGAGAAACCCUCUCCAUCAAUGAUUGUUCCGCUAAAAAGAAUGUAAAGGCAGAGACACCAGUGCCUGAGCAAACCACUUUAAACAAGGAGAAUUACCUGUUCACUAGAGGCCAAACGUUUGAUGAGAAGACCCUAGCCAGAGAUUUUAUUCAGGCAGCACAGAAGCAGAUGGCUCAUGCAGUGAGAGGUAAGACCCUGCGGAGCAGCCCUGAGCUUUUCAAUCCUGCUGCCCUUCGUCUGCCUGCAGACAGUCCUACCCAUCAGCCUCUACUCCUCCCACCACUGCAAACCCCGAAGCUGUAUGGAAGCCCAACACAGCUCGGGCCAAGCUACAAAGGCAUGAUCAAUGUCGCCACAUCAUCUGACAUGGACCAUAACUCAGCUGUACCGGGGAUGCCUGACUGUAGCCAGGUAUCCAGCAAUGUCAGUGAUGUCAUGUCCUUCUCCGUGACUGUCACAACCAUCCCUGCCAGCCAAGCUAUGAAUCCCAGCAGCCAUGGCCAGACCAUUCCCGUUCAGGCCUUUCCUGAAGAGAACAGCAUAGAAGACACGCCUUCAAAAUGCUACUGCCGAUUGAAAGCCAUGAUCAUGUGCAAGGGGUGUGGAGCUUUCUGCCACGAUGAUUGCAUUGGCCCCUCCAAACUGUGUGUCUCCUGCCUCGUCGUUCGGUAAAGACUAGCGAGAGAACACACUGUGAAGGAGACAGGAAGGGGGAAGGGUUGGCGGAUGUGGGUUUUGCGUCCUUUUGGAAUCACAGAAAUAAACAAGUAGGUUUCAGUUGUCUUAAGAGACAAACGUUAAUCAGGAAUACAGAGUACAGAUCUUACAUUUUAGAGGAAGAGCACCUUGUAUAGUAAGUCCAAGUCAAGCAAGACUUUGUGAAUUUGUGACAAGUUUGCACUUAGAAAAUCAUGUAAAUAUGUCACAUCUUGUUUUAACAUUUUCCCAGGUGUUUAGGUAAUAAUGCAUUGACUUCAGAUUGAUGCUCCACUUCACGUGACUCUUAGAAGUUGAAUGCCGUGCGUGGGGAAAGGAAGCGAUUUCCCUUCUGCCCUUUCCUAAGAGGCUAGGAGAAGGAAGGAGCAGAGGAUGGUCUGAAGAAAUGACCGUUCAUGCUGAUUACGUCUUGGCAGUCUGACCGCAGGCUUUACAUAGAUUAUUCAGCCUUCGCAGGAUUUGCAUUCAGGGUUUAUUUUACUCAGUCCCUUUACCUUAGAUGGAACCUUCUUAAGUUCAGAUUUUUGAUAUAAGGUCGUAUUUCAGACUCUGAAAGUUCUGGCUUGGUUCUUGGCUUCCGUAAACAAGUGCUAUUGCCAGGCACUCUGAUUGCAAUUCGUGGAUCCCUGCUGUUCCCUCAUCCCACACCCCUGCCUUGCAGCAAGGAAUGUGGUCCAUGAAAGGUAUGCCUUGCUGUGGGCUCCUUGUGUGACCGUCACCUGUGCAGGACAGCAGUUCCAGCAAUAAUGUCCAAGGACGUAGUCCUUCAUGGGAGCUUUCAAACAAGUUUAAAAUAUUAGUAUAAAAUGAACAGAAAAGUGUUGGUGAUGGGGUGAUUUGAACUAUAUGUUUUGUUGGGUAAGUGGAGUAAAGUUGCAGAAACUUUUGAAAUGAACAUAACUUUGGAAAAUGAUCUUAACACUAGAAACAAGGUAAACCUCUCUUUUCCUCUUCUCUCCCAACCCGUUACCUAGUGUUCUGCAGUCAGCUAUUGCUACAGGUAGAAACACUCAUUAAGGCCGCAUUUGUCCAUUCUCUUUUUUGACUUCCAAGGCAUCUGAGGAGUAUGGGAAUGAUCUUGUGUUUUACUUUGAACAUACUUAUGUGUGCACAUAUGCAUGGUAAAAGUCAGACACUUCUUAUUUUAGAAAACAUGUCCCCUGUUUUGGAUUACUGCUGUCUGUCCACUAGAAAUUUCUAAUGUAAAGGGGCUUUAGUGAAUGGCUAAGGGAACAUCUAGAAAGGAGGAGAAAUCAGCUCCAAAUUUUUGUUGUCGUUUGGUUAUUUACUUUGUCGUUGGUUUUUCAAUCCUGUCUCUAGUGACUGAAGAAUUUUUGAGCACAUACAUUUAGGUUGUGAUUAAAGAACAUUAAAAUAAAUCUACUGUUUACCAGAACUUGGUAUGAAGUUGGGGAUUGUCAAUGUGCAUCAUUUGCAUAUUGGUUGCAUAUCUCCUAAUUUCAAGUGUGUAAAGGACAUGUGUUAGUAUUGCAAACUAGUACAGUUGUAGUUGUACUGAAUAUUCAGGAUGUGAUAUUUACAAAAUGCAGAACAAGUUCAACUCAUUGAUGAAGUCACAUUCCAGACUAGGGUAAAGUAGGUAGUAAUAAUCUUUGCUUUGCCCCCAUUCUGUUUACCCACCCUCCCUACCUCACCUGCAUUUUUCACACACACUUUAAGCUUUGAAACCCAAGAAGACGCUAUUUACUAUUUUGUAUGUUUUGCUUUUGAGGUUUUUGUGGCCCAAGGAGAAUAUAGGAUUAAUAUUUGUGUUCCGUUUUCAGCCAAGACAAUUUACUGUCCUUCUAACUUCCAUUUUUCUUCCAGCAUACACACAAUAAGAGAUACGAAGUCCGUAAGGAGCAUGUUCUCUGGCCAAUAACCAGUAGGAAACAGAAACCGUGGUCCUGUUUCCAGUCUCUCAGCGCCCUAGGUGAUCCAAGGGGGUGUUAAAAAGACCUCUCGCAGCUGAAAACUCUCAAUGCCCAGCUUCUUCACUUCCCACUUCGGUGGCAGGACUGAGGGUGGUCUGCCUGCCAGAAGUGGGUGGCCUGGUCAGAACUGACCCCCUGCUGAACACGAAUUCUCAGUGUGGAUUUUCAAAAUGGUUUUUCUUCUUCACACCUUUCCUACCAUAGAAAGUCUCUCCUCUCUGGUUCUCUUCAUCUGAAAAUGGACAGACUAACCAGGAAAGGAGGAAAGGCAUCAGGGAUUUUCAAGUUCAUUUAGAGAGCAAACCAUAUCGUGCCUAUUCAUCUUGACCGAGGCUCUUGCAGAUAGGUCCUGAGCGUUAGGAUUCACCAGAUCCUCUUAACAAAUGAGAGCCAGCUGAUAGAAGAUUCACAUUCGUGAAUACGCCCCUGAAAUAAACUAGAUACACUGCCUCAGUCUUGACUAAAUGAGAGAAUAGAUUCUCUUAGGUUGGUGGGAAAUUGGAUACAAUCCAUUUACCAGUUGGUUUCAAAACAGUGGUUUCUGGCAGAAGGUUAUUCCAUCUUAGGUGCUGACUUGAGCUGAAUAGAAAAAAGGAAAAACUACACUCUGGCCCUUUUGAAAAUGGAGCAGUAGGAACAGGAAGAUCUUUAAAUUAUUAAAAUGUGGUAUUCUAGUACCUUUAAAGCAGUUUUUAUCUUAGGUUUUCAGUUACCUUACCAUUCAAUUCAAUCUGAAAUGUUUCGACUAAGUGCUAAGCUUAUUUUUGUGGUAUUAAGUUGCACUGUUUCCAGUGACUAGUCAGGCAUCAUGCCUGAUGCUUAUGCCUCCAGCAGGGUGUGCUACUCAAGCCUUCGGGUACCUUCCAUUGCGCGUCACCUUGGGGAGAUGGCAUUGACAGUAUAUCAUCUCAGUCUUGCUUAUGAAUGUCCCAAGUUGUCUGGUAGAGAACGCUCCCGAAUCUUAAAGAAUUUUUGAAAUUCUCCAUCCUGUAAGCAGAAAGUAAAGCCAAAUAACCUGGAGUUGAUUGCCCUGCUUUAGCCUUGUGUUGAAGAGGCUGAAACUGUCUGUGGCACCCCAUGUAACAAUUUUAAGAAUAAGGUCUGGCAGAUGGGCACCUUUUCUUGGGGGUAAUGGAAGCAUACUUACAUGGGCUGGGAAGGCACACAGUGUAGAUGUUUUAGGAGUUAUCACAGAUUUAAAUAAAUAGCCAAAGGAAGACCUCAUUGCCUUCCAAGUGAAGGUAUAAAUUCAUACAUAUUAAUAAUCUGACAGUUUACCAUCCUAAUCGCUUUUGUUGCCUUUCUUCACCUAAGGUCCCUUAAAGAACUCUCGGGUGAAAUUACUUGUUACAGUGAGGGGGUCUUUGGUCAUUACACUGCUGUUUGUUUCUGGGACUCGCUGUCAGUGAGCAGUACCAGGGUUGUUUUCUCUGUAACCUAGAGGUUUCACUUCACCGCAAGGAGAGAAAAGUCUCCCUAUUGCACUACAACAGUGUGCUAAGUAAAAAAAAAAAAAAAAAAAAACUUGGCCAAGGGUAGGUUUCAGCUCAAUUUAUAGAAUAGUCCAAAGAGACUCUGAGAAACAUGAUGAUAGGCAGGGAUCUUUCCUUCCAUGUUUCAAUACCUACAUAACCUAUUGAAAGAGAGCAAUAGGUAAAACAGUUCCUAAAGUUGAAAUAAGAGCUUCAUAGAUUCUUGGUUACUUUAUUUUUUUUAAUGCUUUACAUUUGAUACAACUAUUAAAGAUCAAUUUAAAAAUAGCUUUCCAGUAAUAUAUUUUAAGUAAUAUAUAUUUUAAUAUCUAUGUAAAAAGACGACAGUGGAAGACUUUGAAUUUCUCAUAUAUGGUAUGUUUAAUGUAGGACCUCACUGUUAAGGCACAAAUUAUUUCAAAGGAAGUUACUCUAAAGACACUCAGAUUAUUUCCAAAACAACAACAAAAAAAUGCAAUAAGGGGGAUAGUUUUGGAGUUUAUUUUUUAUUUUAAGAGAAAAUUGACUUAUUUACUGCAAGCUAUUUUCUUCCCUUCUGGCUGUAAGGUUUGUACAGACGGGUUUGGUAAAUGCUAAACUUUUGUGUCUUUGCCUUUUUAAAGGAAUUGUUAACAUUGGGAUUGAGGGUAUGUACAGAGAAGUUGGUGUCAACACCAUUUAAAAAGUCAUAUUUUUUCACAAAUAUAGAAGAAUCAUUUUACAUAAGAAUUUUAAGUAUUUGCAAUAAAUAUAUGUAUAUAGAUUGUAUGUAUUCAUAUAUUCUUAUUUUUCAUUUUAUUAUUAAGUAAAAGAUAAUUAAAGUGAAAAUAAAAAACCUUGGAGUUUUUGGUGCAUCUCGAGGUCUGACAUCCAUGUGAGUGGGGUGGGUAGGGGCCCUCAGUUGUUGCCUUAUAUGCAGCAGAGAGUGCGUACAUGAUAGUAAAAUGAAGGCUUUGGUGAUAAACA